AUGACAAUACCCUCGAAUAAGAGGCUUGGAUACAGCGCGGUAAGUAAUUUGUUCGAAAGUGUUUUUUUUGCUUUUAUAGCGAUAUAUUUUGGGGCGGGUAGAAUACUAACAAAUGUGAAGGUAGGAGCAUGUCUAGGUGUUUCGAUUUAUAAAAAAUUUGACUUCAGGACGUCGAAUGGAUACAUAAAACCAAUCGGUAUAGAUUUGAAUCCAUAUUAUGUCGUAAACGGUUACUAUAAUACGUUAGCAUCAUCAAUAACGUCGAUUCUGUCGUUCAAUUUUAAACUCGUUAAUCUUUGUUUGAUAGGAAUCUUUUUGUUGACGAAUUUUGUGAUAUGGGUUGUUUUUGGGAGGUUGACGAGCAAUGAGAUACGAAAUUUGAAGGACAAGAUAAGUUAUACGGCGUGGGAAUUUUGUUUGGGGUUUUUGAUAUUUUAUUACAGCACCAUCAGGAACGAUGAAAUUGCCACCAACGAUUUACUGGUGAGACACGAGUUGUUGAAGUACGGGGGAUUGUUCUUGUGUGUGUUCUUGUUGAAAUGUUUCCAUUAUUUGAGUGUUGGCCGUGUGUACACGACGGCUAGUAAUGUACAUGAUGCUACAACUUUGAAAUUUCAAUAUCUUCGGUUUUCCAUUGGAUUAGCAGUGCUAAAUUUGGUUGAUGUUAUGUUAAUAAACAAAUACUUCCAGGAGGUUGUUUCGAGUUACUCUGGGAACUCGAAGGUGUCUUUUAAAGAUAAUAUAUUAAUUACCAUCUUUGGGUUCGAAAUCUUGCAUAUAUUCCCUUUAAUCAUAUUGACAACAGUUAAGUAUGCAUUAAACUGUUUCGAGCUUUUCAAAUUUGGAACAUUGGAUAAUUUAGAGUUUGAUUCAUCAAAUGCUGAAUCCGUUAAAUGGGAUGAUACAAAGUUGAAAAUUAUAUAUACAUGUGAGUUUCUAGUAAACUUGAUAAGAUUUGGAAUAGGAUGCAUUUUUUCGAUACUAUUUAUGUAUUUCUAUACAUUUCCGUUCCAUAUCUUGCCAUCAUCCUAUUUGAGCUUAAGGCUUCUAGUUUUGAAAGCAAGGUGUUUACUUGAUUUCAGAAUGAAGAAUUUUCAAAUGCAAAAAUUGAUUACUCCCCGUAAGGUGGGAAGCUUUGAAAAGUGUAUAAUAUGUUUUGAUGAUUUAUCCCAUGGUUUGCUUGAUGAUGUGAGAGUACUCAAGAAUUGUUCUCACCAAUUUCACUACAACUGUUUGAAAAAUUGGGUUAACUAUUCAAGCACAUGCCCUAUCUGCCGUAAGAAGCUAUAG